AUUGCCUUGUUGCUAUAUAAUUGUGCAUAAGCAAUACAUCAUCAUUUCCACAUAUGGAAGUUCAGCCAGCUCGUUGGCUAUUUAUCCUUAAGCCUGAUUCCUGUUCACAUUCAUCAUUGUGAAUCGUAAGAGCAAUUCAUGAGUGAUUAGCAAUUAUGUUUUCAAAACUACUUCCAUAUCUUCUAUGUUUAACACUACCCAUCAGUGCAGUCUUUGCAUUCUCGGAGUCCUCGAAAGAGAUUAUUAAAGCUGCGCAACGAGGUACGAUGUACUUAUGUGAGAGAUACAGCUUGCAAAUGCUAAUCCAUUUAGAUGGAAUUGAUUUACUGGCAUUUAACUUCACAACAUCAGCAUUGAAGUCUAUUGAUGAUAUUCUUUCUGCUAACCAGAGCAUUCCCACGGUCUCAAAUAACACUUCUCACUUGGACGUCCGAAUCGAUACUCAUGGCAAGUGACGAUGGCUAUAGCUAACAAGGGACAUCUGACUGACAGAUUUCCAAUUAGCACAUGUGGUUCCGGAUUGGUAUCGUCAAAUUGUACCAACGAUUGCUGGUCAACCAACUCCGUUCUGGAGUAUUGAGACUGAAUUCGAUUUCAUGAAAAGCUUAAGUGAAUCAUCAUCCCAAGCACAAUCACCCAAUCUAAUCUUUAUGUUAGACAUCACGCAUAGGGUAUUAUCUAUAACAACACCUGGUUCGAUAGUUUACCCUGGGAAUCGGGAGGCGUCUGUCGCAUUAGCACGACUUCUCAAUGAAUGGCAGGCAGCUGUUAGUACCACAUGCCCUUCCAGAAAUUUUAGGGAUUGACAAGACAUUGCCCAGCUUGUUCGAACGUAUCCAAAACAAUUUUCUUUCGUUGCUACAAUUCCUUUGCCAUAUACCGAAGAAUCGUAAGUCUUCAUGAUCUGAUGUCAGAAUUUUCAUUGACAAGAAUAUAUAGUAUUGUGGAAGCAACUUAUAGUAUUUCAAAGCUUAACGCAGUUGGCAUCAUCUUGCUCUCUAAUCACGAAGGAUUUUAUCUGGGAAACCCAAUCUUUCAACCAUUCUACCAAGCUUUGAACAGGUUCAUGAAUGAAAGUCAUACUAUAUUCAUACACCCCCAUACUCCCUAUCUACGCUAUAAUGGUGUUUUGAUUGAGGCGAACCCUAGUAUGUCUUCACGAUCCUCGUUGAAUUCAUGGACUUUGUUAGCUGAACUCUCAUAGCAAUCUACCCCCCAGGGCAAGUAGAAUUUUAUUUCGAUACUGCUAGAACUGUGAUGGAUCUCUUUCUAUCUGGAACCGUACAAAAUUUUACCAAUAUACGCUAUCAAGUUUCUCAUGUCGGUGAUUCAUUUCCCUCGAUCAUCGACCGUUUCUUGUCGACUAGUGCUGUGAAUGCUAGUGAUAUUUAUCACACGUUACAAACGAGAUUUUGGUGGGAUACGUAAGUUCUUACCUCAACCAGGAAGAAUUCGACGAAGGAGUCUAAUUGAUUUCUAUUAGUGCUGGACCGACAUUUCCACAUCAAGUCCUAGGAUUGCUGGCGUAUGAUGUGCCUAAGACUCAACUUACGUUCGGAACCGUAGGUACUGCUUCAGAAGAAUUGAAAACUUGCUAACAUGUAGGGCAGGAUUGGCCAUUCGGACGUAAUCAUGAGGCUAAUGUUGAAGCUAUGUUGAACGCACCGUUCUUGGAUGAGGACGAUUUGGAUUGGAUUUUGGAGAGGAGUCCAAGGAACAUUUAUGAUAUUGGACCACUUUAGGUGAUGGCUAAUUAGGUAAGAUUUUUGGUUCUAGCCAAAUGUUCGGACAAAGGAGGGGAUAUCGUCUCAGGGUGGCAUCUUAAUUGCCAUGAACUUAUGUUGAGAUUCCUACCUAGCUAAACUAAUCGGUUCCACCAUCUAAGCUCAAAUGGAAUUCAAUA